UAAACAAAAUUUAUAAAUAAAUGUUUUGAUUCUUUAACUUUAUUUAUUCUUAGGUUUUAUUAAUGUUGUAAGGAACUUGCGUAUAUUUAAAAGCCUUUAGCUUUUAUUAAAAGUGUCCAUUCAUAUUAUAUAGUAAAAUGGAUGAUUAUUGUAUAAAAAAAUUGUGUUGUACAUGUCUAUGUAAAGAUCGUAAACUAUAUCAGCUGUGUCGAGUGUCCGACGGUGUUAAUAACUUGUAUUUGUUGUUAUCCUUUGAUUCGGAAGCUUACAGAGAAGGGUUCUACAAGGACACAGCUAAUUUGUUUGUCUGUUGGGAAUGCAAAGCCAUUAUGUGUAGGAUCACUAAGUUUCGAGAGCAAGCAUGCAUUGCACAGAAAGAACUUUCCGGAAUAACAGAUGGUCGCCAAAAUUUAAAACUGGAUGGCCUAUCAAAUCUAACUUUCACAUUUAAACAUGGCUAUGAUAAAAUUAUCACUGAGACCAAAUUAAUAACAGAUAAUUUUAUAGACUGUGGUCCUACCACAGAUAUUAAAACAGAAAGUGAGGAAGACAUUCCAUUAUCUGAGUUACAUAAUAAUUAUAUAUCUGAUACCCUAAGUGAUAUUGUAACUGGCCCCAUAAAGUCAAAAGUUUAUCAGAAACGGAAGAAAAAAAUAAAAAGUACCAAAAAUAAUGGAAUCUACUGUGAUAGUAAUAAGAAGUAUUUUACAAUGAAUGAGAUGAAUGAAGUUAAUAUGAUGGAGAGUAGAGAGAAAAGAAAGAUGGCGGCAAUGUUUGCAGAUGCUGCAUUUAAAUGUGAUAGCUGUAUUGAAGGGUUUAAGAGUGAUAUUGAUUUGCUGACACACAAUUUAGAUUUACAUACUGAGAAACCCAACCACAUACAAUGUAACAUAUGUCUAUCUUACAUAGAUGAGACCUCAAUCACAGAUCAUAAGAAAGCCCAUUAUUAUAGUUAUACUUGUCAAUUUUGUGAUUAUAUGACAUACAGUCAAUUCGAGAUAUCGAGGCAUCUGAGGUGUGGGCAUGCUAUGAAGAAUGUUGUGGUCUCUGGGAAGAGGAAGAAGGGUCAAAGAAAAACGUCUGUAGUGCUACGGCCAGGGACGAAGCCCCGUAGGAACCAAGCGAUGAUGGACAAACGGACUCCGUACGGUUAUCUAUGUACAGAAUGUAAUAAAUAUUUCGAUAAUAAGAACCAGCGAUGGAAACACGUGCAGCGACACCACCGCGAGGGUUAUAAAUGCUCAACGUGUGGGAAGAGAUUCGCCUUCAAGAAUAAUCUGAGCAGACACGAACAGCUACACCAAGGCCCGCCGCCCCGAGAGGAAUGCACCGUCUGCCACAAGAUGAUCAGGGUGGACCUGGUGAAGAUCCACGCGAGGAUCCACUCCGACCGGCAGCAGUUCACCUGCGCAGAGUGCGACAAGUGCUUCGUUAGUCGCGCCUCGUACGAGCAUCAUUUGAAGUAUACUCAAGCACACGCCGCUGUUGAUAUCCUCAAGUACAAAUGUUCAAUGUGCGACAAGGGGUACAGAUCUCGCGGCGAGCUGCGGGACCACGUCAACUACCAACACAUGGGGAAGACGCAGCACAAGUGUCCGAUCUGCGGAAAGGCGCUAGCGACGCGUCGUUGCAUCACAAGACACGUGCGCCGUGCUCACCACGGUCUCAAAGAGAGUGCGCGAGAUAAGAUCUGCCAGCAGUGCGGGAAAGCGUUCCGGGACAAAAAAGGUCUGAGGGAGCACGAGUUCAUACAUACAGGGGAGAGGCCGCUCUCCUGCGAGAUAUGCGGAUGUACGUUCAGACAAAGCGCCUCUUUAUAUACACACAGAAAACGAGUACACAAAAUAUAUCCACAAAAGAAAAGUGUGGAAUUGCUAGAGAGCACACCCGCAAGCGGCAGUUGAUCGCCUCAUCAUUAAAUUGUGAAAGGUUGCUAAUAUAAUCCGAAGACGCCGCCGCCAAGCAGAUUUGUACGCUGUGUUAUGUUCAUAGAGUGCAGAUUAGACUGUCAACUUAGCAUAAGAGGUAUGAUAUCUUAGGCCUCAGGUAUGGCAAAAUGUGAGGGCGAAGUAUGAUAAGGUGAUGUCAGUGAUAUGUACAUAUAUAUACAAAAGAUUAGAUCUUACCGUCAUGUGGGCCCUCAGUUU